UGUCAUGGUGUCACAAGAUCCCCAAGGCCAGGGCAGGGGAUCGGCCAACGUAGGGGAGUCAGGACAUCAGCGGACCCUCUCCAGAAGAGGAGGCAGGCAGACCUCCGUCCCUCUGGGGACCUGACUCAGGCUACUCCCCCCGCCUGCUGCCUUCAGCGCGGGCGCUAAGACCCAGCAGACGCGCCGGCGAGGCCUUGCGCCCUCCGGUCCGGCUGGCAGCCUUCUCGCUCCGAGAGCCGACGGCACGGAGGGGGCAUGGGGUGGGCGGCGUGCGGGCUCCUGUGGCUGCUACUGGGCAGCGCCGGGGCGCAGUACGAGAAGUACAGCUUCCGGGGCUUCCCGCCCGAAGACCUGAUGCCUCUGGCCGCGGCCUACGGACACGCGCUGGAGCAGUACGAGGGCGAGAGCUGGCGCGAGAGCGCGCGCUACCUGGAGGCGGCUCUGCGGCUGCACCGGCUGCUGCGGGACAGCGAGGCCUUCUGCCACGCCAACUGCAGCGGCCAGGCGCAACCGGGGGCCUCGCACCCCGCGCCCAGCCCCGACAGCGGGCGCGGCGACGAGUGGGCCCGCGAGCUGCAGCUCUUCGGCCUCGUUCUGGAGCGCGCCGCCUGCCUGCGGCGCUGCAAGCGGACGCUGCCCGCCUUCCAGGUGCCCUACCCGCCGCGGCAGCUGCUCCGCGACUUCCAGAGCCGCAUGCCCUACCAGUAUCUGCACUACGCGCUGUUCAAGGCUAACCGGCUGGAGAAGGCGGUGUCCGCGGCCUACACCUUCCUCCAGCGCAAUCCGAAGCACGAGCUAACCGCCAAGUAUCUCAACUAUUACCGGGGGCUGCUGGACGCCGCAGAGGAGCCCCUCACGGACCUGGAGGCCCAGCCCUACGAGGCCGUGUUUCUCCGGGCCGUGAAGCUCUACAACAGCGGGGAUUUCCGAAGCAGCAUCGAGGACAUGGAGCGGGCCCUGGCUGAGUACCUAGCUGUCUUUGCCCGAUGUCUGGCCGGCUGCGAGGGGGCUCAGGAGCAGGUGGACUUCAAAGACUUCUACCCAGCCAUCGCAGAUCUCUUUGCAGAAUCCCUGCAGUGCAAGGUGGACUGUGAGGCCAACCUGACCCCCAACGUGGGUGGCUACUUCGUGGAAAAGUUCGUGGCCACCAUGUACCACUACUUGCAAUUUGCCUACUAUAAGUUGAAUGACGUGCGCCAGGCCGCCCGCAGCGCUGCCAGCUAUAUGCUCUUUGAUCCUGAAGACAGCGUCAUGCAGCAGAAUUUGGUGUAUUACCGCUUCCACCGGGCUCGCUGGGGGCUGGAGGAGGAGGAUUUCCAGCCCCGGGAGGAAGCCAUGCUCUACCACAAUCAGACUGCUGAACUGCAGGAGCUGCUGGAAUUUGCACACAUGUACCUGCAGUCAGAUGAUGAGAUGGUGCUGGAGGAGGCAGAGCCACCCAUGGAGCCUGAGGACUCCCCACCUGACACUGAGUUUGAGGGGGAGGGUGACUAUGAGGAAGGUCUCUAUGCUGAUUGGUGGCAGGAACCGGAUGCCAAGGGCGACGAGGCUGAGGCUGAGCCAGAGCCUGAACUGGCAUGAGAAGGGGGCUGCCCCUGCACCUCUCAAGAGCUUGAGAAGCCUGAGCCCAAUGGCGUCGCCCCUCCUCCAGCCUGGGCAGCAGUAGCAGCUAUUUAUUAAAAAUUUAAAAUGGACACAGCUGCCCGGCCCCCACCCCGUCCUGCCUGUGAGUGUGGCCUCCCCAGGCCCCAUCCUGCCUCUGGACCACAGGAUGGUGGUGGUGCUACAGGCCAGCAGUGGGCUAAUGGGGGCCACCUGUCUCCUGAGGAGAAGGUUCCAGAUCCUGGUGGUUGGCAUCUUACCCCAAAUUGCAGAGACAGCAGGGGGCCGCUGGGGCCGAGGAAGAGCACUGGACCUGGAGUCCAGAGGCUCCUGGUGCACUGGCAGUGGGUGCUCAAUAAACCUUUGUUGUUGAGUGA